AUGAGCGGGCAACCAGGUAAUGCGGGCGGAGGGGGGAUGGGUGGGGGAGGUAUGGGUGGAGGCGGCAUGGGCGGGGGGAGCAUGGGCGGAGGAAACAUGGGCGUCGGAGGAGGCAUGGGCGGAGGAAGAAUGGGCGGAGGAGGCAUGGGCGGAGGAAGCAUGGGCGGAGGAAACAUGGGCGGGGGAGGCAUAGGCGGAGGAGGCAUGGGCGGAGGAAGCAUGGGCGGAGGAGGCAUGGGCGGCGGAAGCAUGGGCGGAGGAGGCAUGGGCGGAGGAAAUAUGGGCGGGGGAGGCAUAGGCGGAGGAAGCAUGGGCGGAGGGGGGAUGGGCGGGGGAGGAGGCAUGGGCGGAGGAAACAUGGGCGGAGGAUACAUGGGCGGAGGAGGCAUGGGCGGAGGAGGCAUGGGCGGAGGAAGCAUGGGCGGAGGAUACAUGGGCGGGGGAGGCAUGGGCGGCGGAAGCAUGGGCGGAGGAGGCAUGGGCGGAGGAAAUAUGGGCGGGGGAGGCAUGGGCGCGGGAGGCAUAGGCGGAGGUAGCAUGGGCGGAGGGGGAAUGGGCGGCGGAGGAGGCAUGGGCGGCGGAGGCAUGGGCGGCGGAGGCACGGGCAGCGGAGGCAUGGGCAGCGGAGGAGGCAUGGGGGGUGGCAGUGGGUCAUCGGGUGGGAGUGCGUGUGGCAACAGCAGCAGCAGCAGGAGCGCCAAGCUCACGAGCAGCAAUGGCAAGAGGGUGAUGGCGAGCAACGGGUGUCCGGGGUACGCAUGGCGGGUGCAGGCCACGCUGUACUCGCCAGAGCAGCAGGCGCUGUCUUUCGCCGUGCCGCUCGCCCCUACGCUCGCCUCCUCCGCCAUCCCCGUCGCCCUCAACGGUGUCUGCAAGAUGGGCCCCAUCGGCUUUGCCCUCAAUGGCGUGCCCUUCUACAGUGCGUGUGACGCCCUGGGUCGGGACGCCUUGCAGUACGAGGGCGCCACGUUUGAUGCGUGUGGGGGGCACCCCACGCCCUCGGGCCAGUACCACUACCACGUCGCUCCCGGCGUCGCCAACCCCUCUGCCAUCUCCUCCUCUCGCUCCACCGCCUUCAACCUCUGCAACGCGUCCUUCUGGCAGGACGCCCCCACCCAACACUCCCCCUUGCUGGGAUUCCUGGCGGACGGCAUUCCGCUGUUCGGCCCGCGGGGAGCGGGGGGAGCGCUGCCGGCAGGGGUGGACGAGUGUGGGGGGCACGUGGGCGACGGCAGCAGUGGCGAGCCUGUGUUCUACCACUACCACGCCAGCACCACCGCGCCCUACACCGUCGCCUGCCUCAGGGGCUGCGUCUCCUCCUCUGACUGGGGCACCCUCGCCUCUGCCUCCUGCACCAAGGCCUCCAAGCAAUACGACUACUCAUCCCUGGCAGCAGUGCAGGCAGUAUGA